AUGACUGUACUUGAACCGUCGGAAAAUGAUUUCGGUUGGCAGAGGAAUAAGAGGGGACGCUUUUCGACGGCCACCUCGGCGAUGACGGAAUCUUCGAAUGAAUCGGCCGUUGGACAGACGAAGGGUCGUAAAAAGCAGCGAUACAGUUUCAAGAGCGAACUGUACCAACUGUGGGAGAAUAUAACAACCCACUGCUAUCGGCAUAUGGUGCAGGUGGACCGGAGCAUUUGGGAAAGGCUAAUGUGGCUGCUGAUCCUGAUCGUCGAGACGUGCGCCCUCGUCGCCAUUCUGAACAGCGCUUGGGACAGCUUCACCUCCAACCCACUGAUCACGACCCUGCACGAUACGCUGUACCCGAUCAAGAACGUCCCCUUUCCGGCCAUUUCGCUGUGCAACAAUAAUCGCAUUUCCCGCUCGGCUGCAACGAGCUACGCCGAAGAGCUCGCCCGAAAGGAUCCGGAAAAGCGGAAUGCGAGCUAUUUCCUAGACCGGGUCAGACAGCUGGGUAAGCUGUACGAUUUUGACUACGAGAACCUGCACCUGAUGACACAGUUUCAGGAGUUUCUCGACCUAAACGACAUUAGCAAUGCCUCCGGGAUAUACAGUGUCUUUGAUACGUUGAUAAAGCUCUCGCCCCGUUGCGAAGAUAUGCUGCUCCGGUGCUUCUGGAAGAGCAUCGAAAUACCAUGUAUGACGAAAAACGACAUGAUUGAGGUUAGACGAACGCAAUACGGAUUCUGCUGUACGUUCAACUUUAUCGGUCACAACGAGGACAACGAGAUACAUCCAUCAUCGUACUACCUGGAUGUGACCGGUCCGGAGAUGGGACUGAUGCUGCUGGUGAACGGAUCGGUCAAAGAUUAUUUUUAUAAUCUCUUCAACAAUAUUGGAUUCAGUCUUCAAAUAUUCAACCCAACCGAAGUGCCGGACAUCACUUCCGGUGGUGUGAACGAACAGUUUAUCCACCUCGGAACGGAAACCUUCAUCCGAGUUGAUGCCAUUACCAUUAACAGUGAACCGGACGUGAGAGGUUACUCCAAGGAAAAGCGCCAGUGUGUUUUCCGCAACGAGCUGCUCAAAUACGGCGGUCGCUAUGGCCGAAGCAACUGUGUGGCCGCCUGCCGCAUCCGUAGCGUGGUGGCCCUGUGCGAGUGUGUCCCGUUUUACAUGCCAACGGCGGGCGCAGUCAGCGAUAGGUCCUUAACCAUCUGUAAUCUGCAGCAUAUCGUAUGUUUGAACAAGUACAAAAUAAAAUGGUCCACCGUCAUUACCAAUAUCGUGCAAGUUCCGGGUCUGGAGAAGGAGAUGGAGGAGUCCCUGUACUGUCCGGAAUGUUUGCCAUCAUGCUCGGAUAGCAAGUAUCAAAUAUCCGCUACGGAGCUGCCAUUGAUCAGGACCCGCCGAACGGGAUUCAGUGUAACCCACGGCAUCGAUGAUGUCUCGGAGGUGAGCGUGGUUCGUAUCUUCUUCGGACAGCCGGAAACGUGGCUGUAUAAACAGGACGUCGCGUUCUAUUGGUUCGAGAUUUUCAGCAACUUUGGCGGCAUGUGUGGCAUCAUGGCUGGCCUAUCGCUGAUAAGCAUUUCGGAAAAUGUUUACUUUGUGCUCAGACAGUUUGUGCUGGUUUUUCUGUACCGGUCCAACUGGUUACAGCGUCGGCGGCGUCGCAACCGGCUGGCGAUGCAAAUUCUGGAGUGAAUACAUCACUCACUACUGAACUGAGUCUAAAUGGUGUGAUAAUGGAUCGGUCCCAGCUGUUGUUCUUCACCAUGCACUGAUGCUGUGCACUCGGCCGGAUAAUGAUACGAUAAUAUGCACCGGAUAUUGGGCCGUAUGUCCGUGUCAUCGGACCACACACAGACACGACCAACCAUCACCGCUUAUUUGCCAACCGACAACAGGACAGAGGACGGACAGCGACAGGUCGACGGAAGCACAUUGUAGAUUAAAAUUUGAUUAACAUUUACCACUUUGGCGUUUU